UUAAUCGAUUUUGUUUUUGAUUUGUUCUCUAAAAUCAAUCUACUUUUUUUUCUUUUUUCCCGAUUCUCUCUCUGUACUCGCCAAUUUUUUGCUCUAUAAAUUGUUGUCCACAAAACCCGCCUCUCCCUUUCGCUUUCUUCCACCAAUUCAACAAUACCCAUUUCUCUUUGUUCUCUAUUUCUUUUGUUUGGGUUGUUAAUUUCAUUUCCCCUUCGAUUUCUGUGAAGGGGUUCUUUGCCUUCUUCAUCUCUGUUGUUGUUUCUUUUCUUUUGAUUGUUUUUUCUUACGAUUUUUUACGAUUCUGCAUAUGGGUUGAUUUUCUAUGGGCUUCUUUAUCGUCCAAUUUUGCAGAAAUUGAUCGAAGACAGUAAAAUCUUCCGGUUCUUAGCCCCUAGAUUUGUGUGGUGGCUGGAACAGUAAUUGCUUAUCAAGUUUUUAAUCUUCCAGUACCAGAAUAUUUUAUUAAACGUUUGAAUUCCUUGGUUAACCUUUUUUAUUUAAAAGAAACAAAAGAAGGGCUGAGAGAUUAUUGGUUGUAUGUUUGUUUUGUUUUUGGUUUUAAUUGAUUUUAUGGUGGUUUCGUUGAACUGGUUCUUCUUCUUGUCAUCUUCACCAAGUUUUUUAAACCAAUUUCUUAGUUUGGUUUUUAUUGUCUUCCAUGUGUUUGUAGAAAUUCCCCAGUGUUUUUAAAACUCCUUUGUUUUCUUUUUUCCUCCUUACUUUCAAUCUAUCUAUCAAUAAAGCUUUAUUGAAACAUGGAUUCAACAAAUGGGGGCGAAGUCGGCAAUGCUCCGGUAGCUAAGAAUUAUGGUAAUCAAGUAGCUGAUAUUGUUUCUGGUAAGUCUAGCAAUAUCCAAGAGAAGGAUUUGGGUUCAAAGUUGGGGACAGGAAGCAAAAGCAAUAGGGAUAUGGUAUUUCGUGCUGAUAAGAUUGAUUUCAAGAGCUGGGAUAUUCAGCUGGAGAAGCACUUGAGCAGGGCUUGGUCAAGGGACAGGGAAGUUCCUGCUAAAAAGGAAGAAUGGGAGAUUGACUUGUCUAAACUUGAUAUCAGAUAUGUUAAAGCUCAUGGAACUUAUGGUACUAUUUACAGAGGAAACUAUGAUGGUAAUGAUGUUGCAGUGAAAGUGCUUGAUUGGGGUGAGGAUGGUGUUGCCUCAGUUGCUGAAAUUGCUGCUCUUCGAACAUCUUUUCGCCAGGAAGUUGCUGUAUGGCAUAAGCUUGACCAUCCCAAUGUUGCAAAGUUUUAUGGAGCAUCAAUGGGGACGUCCAACCUUAAAAUCCCUCCAAAAAGCUCAUCAUUCGACAGUAACCAAUCUUUUCCUUCAAGGGCUUGCUGCGUUGUUGUUGAGUAUCUUCCAGGUGGAACACUAAAGAGCUUUUUAAUCAAAAAUAGGAAAAAGAAACUUGCGUUUAAGGUUGUGAUUCAACUUGCUUUGGAUCUUUCUAGAGGUUUAAGUUAUCUACACUCCAAAAAGAUUGUACACCGUGAUAUUAAAACAGAGAAUGUGCUGCUAGAUGAUCAGAAGACUCUGAAAAUUGUUGAUUUCGGCGUUGCUCGAGUCGAAGCACAGAACCCAAGGGAUAUGACUGGAGAGACUGGCACCCUUGGUUACAUGGCCCCCGAGGUCCUUGAUGGUAAGCCUUAUAAUCGGAAAUGUGAUGUCUACAGUUUUGGUAUAUGUUUGUGGGAAACGUAUUGCUGUGAUAUGCCUUACCCGGAUCUCAGUUUUGCCGAAGUGUCAUCUGCAGUUGUGCGACAGAAUUUACGACCGGAUAUCCCUAGAUGCUGCCCGAGUUCGUUUUCUAAUAUCAUGAAAAGAUGUUGGGAUGCAAAUCCAGAAAGGCGACCCGACAUGGACGAGGUCGUAAAAUUGUUGGAAGCCAUUGAUACAAGUAAAGGGGGGGGUAUGAUUAAUGAAGAUCAGACUAGUUGUUUCUGUUUCCGCACGCCUCGUGGUCCAUAAUUUCAACAUCAUUUGCUAUGCCAUUUACUUGCAGAUGAAGAUGGUUCAGAGAAGACAUUGGUAAGCAGAUGAUCAAUCAUACAAUUUAUUGAUUCACAUAAUACAAUUCUCAAGUCAUGGCUUUGUGGUUUCAUAGUAUGAACUUCUGAUCCCAAAUAGAAUAAUCAUAUGUCAACCAUUUGUUGGUGUAAUUAUAUUUUACUGCAUGGUUUUGCAUUCUUGUGAAUGUUUUGUUACAAGGAACAGCUGAUUGGAUAUAUAUAUUUCUUUUGGUCCAAACUUUGUUA